GGUGCGUGGCGACGGGGCCCGGGACGGCAGGCGCGAGAGUUCGAGCGCAACAGGGGGCGGCGCGAGCGCUCCCGCAGCGCCCCCACCUCGGGCAGCGAGGCCAGGGAUUCGGAGUGCGCUAGGAGCGGCAGCGGUGGCGGGGGCGGCGGCGGCGUGGGUGUGGGCGGGGGCGGGAUGCGCUCCCCAGCCCCUCUGGCUCCGUGGAGGUACAACUCGAGGAUGCGGGACGGUCGCGACAAGCCGGAAGUGCAGCGCGCCGGGAACCCCGGGCCACUUCCGGAAGGAGGGAGGGUGUAGGGGAAGGGUGAGACCCGGUUCCCCGCGGUCGCUGCCUGAACCUGACUCUGAGGCGGGCCUCUGUGACGUCACUGCGCUGUCAUCCCCACAGCCUGUCUCCGAUACUGACACCUUCACGCUAGCUGAGCCUGGCACGGGGUCCCGCACCGCGUAGUGCUGACCCUGGAUCCUUCCUCGCCGCGUCUCGCUGCCCGCGCGGCCUGCUGGACUUCGGGAUGCCGGGCGUCUCGGCCCGCGACCUGUCUCUCGAGGAGAGGAGGCAGCUAGCUGUUAACAUCACUCGCGUCCUGGCUCUCUACCGUCCCAUCCUGGACGCCUACAUCAUCGAAUUUUUCACAGACAACCUGUGGGGCACACUGCCUGACUCAUGGCAGGCAGCGUUGGAUGGACUGAGUCCACCGCAACUGGCCACACUGCUACUGGGGAUGCCUGGGGAAGGGGAGGUGGUAAGGUACAGGUCGGUGUGGCCACUCACCCUGCUGGCUCUGAAGUCCACAGCCUGUGCUCUGUCCUUCACCCGGACUCCUGGCUUUCGCACCCCCUCAGAGUUCCUGGAGAAUCCCAGCCAGAGCUCCCGACUAACGGCUCCUUUCCGGAAGCAUGUCAGGCCCAAGAAGCAGCAUGAGAUCCGGAGGCUGGGAGAGUUGGUGAAGAAGCUGAGUGACCUCACAGGCUGUACCCAGGUUGUGGACGUGGGCUCCGGCCAGGGUCAUCUCUCUCGCUUCAUGUCUCUGGGACUGGGGCUGAUGGUGAAAAGCAUUGAAGGGGACCAGCGACUAGUGGAGAGAGCCCAACGCCUGGACCAGGAACUCCUGCAGGUUCUGGAGAAAGAGGAGAAGAGGAACUCUCAGGUGGUCCACACUGGCCCUCGGCACUCCCCAUACCACGUGGUUAGGUGGGUAGACCCCACAGCCCUGUGUGAGGAGCUUCUGCUUCCACUGGAGAACCCACAUCAGGGCGGGGCCCGCUUGCUGCUAACUGGCCUCCAUGCCUGUGGGGAUCUGAGUGUGGCCUUGCUGAGGCACUUCUCCUGCUGCCCUAAGGUGGUAGCACUGGCCUCAGUGGGCUGCUGCUACAUGAAGCUGAGUGACCCUGGUGGCUACCCGCUGAGUGAGUGGGUAGCUGGGCUUCCUGGCUAUGAACUGCCCUACAGGCUUCGGGAAGGGGCCUGCCAUGCCCUGGAGGAAUAUGCUGAGCGGCUACAGAAAGCUGGCCCUGGUCUCCGAACUCAUUGCUACCGUGCAGCACUAGAGACAGUCAUCCGAUGUGCCCAGCCUGCGCUCCGUCGGCCAGGCGUGCAGGGGAUCCCCAGGGUCCACGAGCUCAAGAUUGAAGAGUAUGUUCAGAGGGGACUACAGCGUGUGGGGCUAGACCCCCAUCUACCGCUGAAUCUAGCUGCCCUUCAGGCCCACCAGGCCCAAGAGAACCGUGUGGUGGCCUACUUCAGCCUGGCCCUAUUGCUAGCCCCACUGGUGGAGACACUGAUUCUACUCGACAGGCUGCUCUACCUUCAGGAGCAGGGCUUCCAUGCUGAGCUCCUGCCCAUCUUUAGCCCUGAACUGUCUCCUAGAAACUUGGUUCUGGUGGCCACCAAGAUGCCACUGGGUCAGGCCUUCUCUGUUCUGGAGACUGAAGACAGCUGAUACAGCCUGAGUAAGGGCACAUCUCAGACCCCAUAUAAACCACCCAAAUGCAGUACUGCAGCAGAGUACACCUAACCGAAAACCAGAAUCGUGCAUCCCCGAGUCCUAUACCCUUUCUCUCCCUCCAUAUAAUAUUGUGUAAAGUUUUAAUUUAUUAAAAAAUGGAAAUCUUUA